UAAUAAAACCUACGUAUAUGAUUCCUUAAUGGUCAAAUACACGUAUACGUAUAAAAAUACAGAUAGAGACGGAAGCGUGUGGACUGGGGACAGGGACGAGACUCACCAGAAGCAGCCAAAAUAACCCGAGGAAACUCCAUUUUCAAUUGAUUUCCUUCUCUGCGGAUUCUUUCUCAUACUUUCUCUUCUCCUUUUUUGCCUCUCCAAUCAUCAUCUUCCUCCAUUUUUUUCUCCAUCUUUAUAUAUAUAUAUAUAUAUAGAUCAUUUACAGCUUCAAUUAAAACCCUAACUCCCUCUAUUUUUCUGAUUGCUUAUCUCCUCGUUUAGCAUUAACCUCCAGUUGGUGACAAUGUCAACUCCUGCAAGGAAGAGGCUAAUGAGAGAUUUUAAGAGGUUGCAACAAGACCCGCCUGCAGGUAUCAGUGGGGCACCUCAAGACAACAAUAUAAUGCUUUGGAAUGCUGUUAUAUUCGGUCCAGAUGAUACUCCAUGGGAUGGAGGUACGUUCAAGUUGACUCUUCAAUUCACUGAGGAUUAUCCAAACAAACCUCCAACAGUGAGAUUUGUUUCCCGAAUGUUUCAUCCAAAUAUUUAUGCAGAUGGAAGUAUUUGUUUGGACAUUUUACAGAACCAGUGGAGUCCUAUAUAUGAUGUAGCUGCUAUUCUCACAUCCAUCCAGUCAUUGCUCUGUGAUCCCAACCCUAACUCGCCUGCAAACUCAGAAGCUGCUAGGAUGUUUAGUGAGAACAAGCGUGAGUACAACCGAAGAGUAAGGGAGAUUGUGGAGCAGAGCUGGACAGCAGAUUAACUCCAUGCAGUAGUGGGACAGUGGGUUUUUAAGGUUUGAUAUCAUGGUAACAUUGCCCACUCAGAGUCUUUCUGUGAGGACUCCAUCAACUUUAUCCUGUAUUCUCAUACUUGUUCACUUUAUAAAUGGAUGUUGGGGCUAUUUGAUCUACAUCAUGCUAAGACUUUUUGCUUUGUGUGUCUUAAGCUUUUGUAAAAUAGCAUUUUAUAUCUGCAUUAACCAUUAAUUAUGAACUUUUUGCUUCAAUAUAAAUCUCUGGUUGAUUUCAUCCCAAACAGAAUUGUUCAACCUUUAUGUUUUUGCUUUUUUUUUUUUUUGGAGAGAAGCACCACAAAGAAAAAGUAUGAGCGGUGCAUAUUCCUUUUCUUACAUACACUCAUGGUAAAUGAGUACAUGGGAGGUAAAGCAACUACUUGUACUUUACGUGGUGCAUAUGUCAUGCUGCUGCCUAAAAUUGAUGUUAGGAUUUUACAUUUGACAAAUAGUUUCUGCUUUUACUCUCUCAUCCGUGGUGGAAAUAAUACCUAGUCUUAUGCUUGUAAUUCAAAGAUGAUCUUUUUUAUGAUAGAUUUCAUGAUAUGAUCAUCUGCAACUCUUUCCACAUGCAGUGUGUUUCAGUGUUAAUGCAACUUUUUUCAUUCUUACGAGGAAUUUCAUGCAUGACAAAUUGACAAUGAGGCAGGAUUAUUUUCUGCUAUCUAGAUGAAACCACCCUUUUCACUCUGGGGAUUUCGAUUAGGAAGAAAUCUUCCUAAUCAAUCCGGGGAUUAGGUUGAGGUUUUAAGGUUCAAUUCCCGCUCCCUCAACUUUCUCAAGUGCAUUGAAAGAAAAGCUCAAAAGCAAUCUAUUGAAUCAUUUCGAGGGACCUUAGUCUGCUAAGAAUUCCAUAAAAUCAUAUCUUAAGGAAUUGCAGCUGAUAUUAGUUUUGAAAAUGAGUAAAUAAAAUAGCUUGUUCCCAUCCUGGACAAGGGAAAAAUUACAAUCAGACAUCAAAUAAAUGUUUGCCAAUUUCAAUUUUUUUUAAAGUACAAAAGAGGUCAAAGUUUAG